ACUAUAAUAACGUAGUUUUAAAGUGGACUGCAGUAAAAUUUAGCUACUUGCUUUGACAGAAGUGAUGUUAUAAUUAAGCCGUUUUGCAUUUCCACUUUGUGUAUUCCUGUUUCGAAUAAGCUUCCUUUGGUCGACAGGGAAAAUUUUCCCAGCAUUCCUUUAAUUAGGCGCUCAGCUUCCCUGCCUUUUUGCAGUAGUUCUUUCAGUGGUUCCAUAAAUCUGCUUAAUCCUGUUUUCGAUUCGAGAAAGCAACUUACAUAAGAUGCUUCAGGAAGAACUGGAGGUAUCGUUUCCAUCUCCAUAUCCUGCAGCUUUCGCAGUAUUUCGCUGACCCCCGUGGCCAUAUCGGGCGAGCUCGGCCAGGCUCGCUACAAUGCAUACGUACAGAACUACAGAUGGAUAGCCGGCCGGUCAUUUUCCCUUGAACAUUCCGCGUGCUGUACAUGGAUGACUGAUAUCCACGAAUGGCAUCUGUUAUUUUUAACAGAUUUUAACCAACCAACCGCUACAGAUUGAUACAUCUUGCUUAACGGUAUUUUCUAAUUCACUUAGUCAGAAUUAUAUACUGAAGCAGUACAAUUUUGCUGGUUUUCAAUCAAUGGUCUUCUUGCAUGACGGAAGAUUAAAGUCUAUUCGUGUACUCUUUUGGCUGUCAAGGCCAAAAUUAUCAGCGGAAACUGCCCGUAGCAUCCCAGAGUAUCGUGAGCCCCAUGGAAAGGCCUAAUAUAGAGUUCAUAAAUGGAUGGGCGUAGGAUCUCAGCUGCUGUAUACAUAAUUGAAGUAUACCUGUUGAUGAAUGUGUGGUCAGUACCAUCUUACGCCGUGGCUUCUACGGGCAAUGCAGAGCGUAAAAACACAAACACUACCGCAACUGCAUAUGCCCUACCAUCAGCUUGUAACGAUGAUUUGCUGGCCAUCGUUCUUCCCUGCGCUUGCUCCGUCGCCGGUCAGCUAGUUAUCAUAUCGUGUUCCAACGGUUUGGACGAUCUUCUUGACCUAAAUCAGAUAGAGAAAUUGUUUACUUUCUGGAUCAAGAUCAGCCUCAAAACAUCAGCAUCCCUUUCAUCGGAGUCAUGGCACGACAAACUAGCGAAUAUCACUCACCGCGUUAGCCGGUUGGAGAUAUCCGACUUCACCGACCUGCGACUUCCGUUAACUUUCCUCGGUGACCUUUCCAAUCUGAAUUGGCUGAAGUUUCGUGAUGGUGGAUUUGGAUCUCCACGCAUUCCAGCAAAUGCUUUUCCAAACAGCAAUCUAGAGUCCCUAUCAAUUGUUGACAGUUUAGUAGAGAGCAUCGACGAUGACGCGUUCAGUUACAAUACCAACUUGUAUCAACUCGACUUGUCAGGAAAUCCCAUCCGGUACAUACCUUAUGCUGCUCUGACCACUUUGCGUAAUCUUCAGACGUUAACAAUCAAUCACGGUUAUUUAUCAACCCUGGAAAGCAAUUCCAUCCCUUCUGCUGUGGCAUUUCCAUAUUCCUUGUCGGCCUUACAUUUAGAGCACAAUCAGAUUAGCCGCAUCCCGGAAGAGUUUCUUACCGCCCUGAAGCAGCUGAAGCCGGGUCUGAAGAGUCUCCGGCUGGUUAGCAAUCAUAUCCGCGACAUACCGGCGUCCAUCUUUGAACUGCCAGUUAUCGAGAGCAUUAUUCUGAGAGAUAACUUAAUUAGCAACUUCCCUGUUGGGCUAAAGAACAUCAGAAAUGAUACGGAUGUUGAUUUAAGCGCCAAUAAUCUUUCCGUCCUUAAACCGCGCGAUAUUCCAGCCCGCAUCAGGAAAUUCGUUAAACCUUGGAAUUUGAGAGGUAAUCCUUUAUUCUGUGGAAAUAAUAUGGAUUGGUUUAUUUGCUGGCUGGAGCGAGAGAAUCCCACCAGUGAUCAAAGCCAUGAAUUACUAUGCGAAGGAAACGGUGUCCCCAUGUUAUCACUAUGGAAUGCCACAUUAUGCCGUCCCAAAACCCAAACCGUUACUGUGUCUAAACCAAUUCUGCGCCCUUUAAAUAGAGAUCGCCUGCGAUCCUGUGUGCCGGGCCUCCAGUGCAGCGGAUCUCAAGAUUCUGUGCAGCGAAGGCAUUCACAUGCGUUGCUUAAUUUCAUAUUUUUGUUGUACUUCACUAACUUUAUUAUUACGCUUUUUCGAUAAUACUCAACCCUAGGCGGGCAAUCUCCACAAUAUACUGGGCGUAUUGUUAAAACCAAAAUCUAGCCUUCGGAGUUAAUUUCCAUGAACAGUUUCAAGAUAUAUAUCUGCACGAAUGGAAUACUUAAACGG